GCGCCGGCGAGGAGCGGCGCGGGAGAUGCGCCGGCAGGUGUCUGCGGCGGCGGACGGGGACCUGUAGGUGCCGCCGGGCCAGCAGCGCCGCGCCGGGCGAGCCGGGGCCGCGAGCAGUAUCCACUUUGGAUCAUUUUUGAAGCUGAAUUCAGAACAAUCUUAAGGUGUUUAACAUUAUUCAACUGCUAUAAAGCUAAAGCUUUUUUUGGAAAAUUGAACCUAACCUGUACUGCACACAAGAUGAAAAUGUGGUUGCCAGUCAGUCACCUUGUGAUACUAUCUUUUACAACCUGUCUGUCAGAGUUCACCUGGCACAGAAGGUAUGGCCAUGGAGUUUCAGAGGAAGAUAAAGGAUUUGGACCGAUCUUUGAAGAGCAGCCAAUUAAUACCAUUUACCCAGAGGAAUCACCAGAAGGGAAAGUGUCGCUGAACUGCAGGGCCCGAGCCAGCCCGCUCCCAGCUUACAAGUGGAGAAUGAAUAAUGGGGAUAUUGAUCUGACCAGUGAUCGGUACAGUAUGGUAGGAGGAAACCUUGUUAUCAACAACCCUGACAAGCAGAAAGACGCUGGAAUCUACUACUGUUUAGCAUCCAAUAACUACGGGAUGGUCAGAAGCACUGAAGCCACCCUGAGUUUUGGAUAUCUCGAUCCUUUUCCACCUGAGGAGCGCCCUGAGGUCAGAGUGAAGGAGGGGAAAGGAAUGGUGCUUCUCUGUGACCCUCCGUACCAUUUUCCAGAUGACCUUAGCUACCGCUGGCUUCUAAAUGAAUUUCCUGUGUUUAUCACAAUGGAUAAACGAAGAUUUGUGUCUCAGACGAACGGCAAUCUCUACAUUGCAAAUGUGGAGGCGUCCGAUAGAGGCAAUUAUUCCUGCUUUGUGUCCAGUCCUUCUAUUACAAAGAGUGUGUUCAGCAAAUUUAUCCCACUCAUUCCGCUACCUGAGCGAACAACGAAACCAUACCCUGCUGAUAUCGUGGUUCAGUUCAAGGAUAUAUAUGCACUGAUGGGCCAAAACGUGACGUUGGAGUGUUUUGCGCUGGGCAAUCCUGUUCCCGACAUCCGGUGGCGGAAGGUUCUAGAGCCAAUGCCGAGCACUGCUGAGAUCAGCAGCUCCGGGGCUGUCCUCAAGAUCUUCAACAUUCAGCUGGAGGAUGAAGGUACCUAUGAAUGUGAGGCUGAGAACAUUAGAGGAAAGGAUAAACACCAGGCAAGAAUUUAUGUUCAAGCAUUUCCUGAGUGGGUGGAACAUAUCAAUGACACGGAGGUGGACAUAGGCAGUGACCUCUACUGGCCUUGUGUGGCCACAGGGAAGCCCAUCCCUACAAUCCGAUGGCUGAAAAAUGGAUACGCGUAUCACAAGGGGGAGCUGAGACUGUAUGAAGUGACUUUUGAAAAUGCCGGCAUGUAUCAGUGCAUAGCCGAGAACACACACGGCGCCAUCUACGCCAACGCGGAGCUGAAGAUCUUGGCAUUGGCUCCAACUUUUGAAAUGAAUCCUAUGAAGAAAAAGAUCCUGGCUGCUAAAGGAGGGAGGGUUCUAAUCGAAUGCAAACCUAAAGCGGCCCCUAAGCCAAAAUUUUCGUGGAGUAAAGGGACCGAGUGGCUUGUCAACAGCAGCAGAAUCCUCAUUUGGGAAGAUGGCAGCUUGGAGAUCAGUAACAUCACCAGGAGUGACGGAGGCGUCUACACCUGCUUUGCUGACAAUAAUAAAGGGAGGGCGAAUAGCACUGGGACUCUGGUCAUCACAGAUCCCACGCGGAUUAUCCUGGCCCCAAUCAAUGCCGACAUCACCGUGGGAGAAAAUGCCACCAUGCAGUGCGCUGCCUCCUUUGAUCCCGCCCUGGAUCUCACGUUCAUCUGGUCCUUCAAUGGCUAUGUGAUCGAUUUUAACAAGGAGAACACUCACUACCAGCGGAAUUUCAUGCUGGAUUCCAAUGGGGAACUGCUCAUCCGAAAUGCCCAGCUGAAACAUGCUGGGAGGUACACGUGCACUGCUCAGACAAUUGUGGAUAAUUCCUCAGCCUCAGCUGACCUUGUUGUGCGAGGUCCUCCAGGCCCUCCAGGUGGUCUGCGAAUAGAAGACAUUAGGGCCACUUCGGUGGCACUUACUUGGAGCCGUGGUUCAGACAAUCACAGUCCCAUAUCUAAGUACACCAUCCAGACCAAGACGGUCCUUUCAGAUGACUGGAAAGAUGCAAAGACGGAUCCCCCAAUUAUCGAGGGAAACAUGGAGGCGGCAAGAGCGGUGGAUUUAAUCCCGUGGAUGGAGUAUGAGUUCCGUGUGGUGGCGACCAACACGCUGGGCGCAGGAGAGCCCAGCAUUCCGUCCAACAGGAUCAAAACAGAUGGUGCCGCACCUAAUGUGGCUCCUUCAGAUGUAGGAGGUGGGGGCGGAAGCAACCGGGAGCUGACCAUAACGUGGGUGCCUUUGUCAAGAGAAUACCACUAUGGCAACAAUUUUGGUUACAUCGUGGCAUUUAAGCCAUUCGAUGGGGAAGAAUGGAAAAAAGUCACAGUCACUAAUCCAGACACCGGCCGGUACGUCCACAAGGAUGAGACCAUGCGCCCCUCCACCGCCUUUCAGGUCAAAGUCAAGGCCUUCAACAACAAAGGCGAUGGCCCUUACAGCCUCACGGCCGUCAUCAACUCAGCACAGGAUGCUCCCAGUGAAGCCCCAACAGAAGUAGGCGUAAAAGUGUUAUCAUCUUCUGAGAUAUCCGUUCAUUGGGAGCAUGUUCUAGAAAAAAUAGUGGAAAGCUAUCAGAUUCGGUACUGGGCUGCUCACGACAAAGAAGCGGCUGCACACAGAGUCCAGGUCACCAGCCAGGAGUACUCGGCCAGAAUGGAGAACCUCCUGCCCGACACGCAGUAUUUUGUGGAAGUCAGGGCCUGCAACAGUGCAGGGUGUGGACCCCCCAGUGACAUGAUUGAGACCUUCACCAAGAAAGCACCUCCGAGCCAGCCGCCAAGGAUCAUCAGUUCCGUGCGGUCCGGUUCACGCUACGUCAUCACCUGGGAUCACGUGAUCGCGCUAGCAAAUGAAUCUACAGUGACAGGAUAUAAGGUACUUUAUAGACCUGAUGGCCAGCAUGACGGCAAGCUGUAUUCAACGCAUAGACACUCUAUAGAAGUCCCGAUCCCCAGGGACGGAGAGUAUGUCGUGGAGGUCCGUGCGCACAGCGACGGAGGAGAUGGUGUGGUGUCUCAAGUCAGAAUUUCAGGCGUCUGCACCCUGUCACCAAGUCUUCUCGUCUUCCUGCUGCCCACCCUCGGCAUCCUUGUCUCCCUGGGAUUCUGAGUGUGGUGUGACCGCCGCUGUUCCCAGCCCAGCUCAGAGGACACCCUACAUCCCUGUGGUGACAACCGUUCCUUCCAAUCCCUGCGGCUCUAUCCUAAACCAGACAACUCGUACUCCGACUAUCCCACUGAUUUACAACCCACAUUAGGACUGAGGCAUUCAGGAACCCCUUCCUCCAAAGGAAUAAACUUUUAAAGGGAUAUAAAGUGAUUUUUAACUCGUUCCAAUAUGCCUUAUAAACCACUCAACCUGAUUCUGUGGCAGUUGCAUGAUUUAUCCAGUGGGGCAAGGUACCGUGUUCAAUUCAAUACUAUAGGAUAUAGAAUGAACGAAAAAUCACCCUACACAGGUGCUUUCCAUUUAAUAACAAGUUGUGAAAUGUAAUAGAGGUUGAAAUGUUGAUCGUAUGUGGUCCGUGUAAGAGUAACAGUCUCUUGUGCUAUCUUCUCUGUUUUGGGUCCUGCAUAUUUUCGAAUGGCCCCUAUUAUCCAUGUUUUGAGGUUUCUUGAAAAACACCAUAGAGUAUAACCGAAACAUUUUGACAUAAAUUCAAUUCCUAAAUCAUUGUGUUGAUGAGUGGAAAGAUUCUGAACACCACAUGCUAGAACUUAUUUUCACUAUUCUUAUUUUGGAAAGAAGUGAUUUUCUAAAUAUUUGAUUUUCAUAAUCAGUAAUACUUUGAAGUUAGGUUUUGAAUAGUAAAGUGAACAUACCAUAUGAAGGUUGGUUUUCUUUUUUUUUUCUUUUGUAUUCUACUCUGAAGUUACUUUAUGUGUUUCUUAUAAUCAUUUUCAAACCUCAGAAAUCACAGCCCUUAUCCAGAGUAUCAUCGUAUUGCUGUCUUUAUUCAUAUGUGGAAUGAUGGAUUUUGAAAAGUAGAGAGAGUAUUACAUUCUGAGAUGUGACAAGUCUUUGCCCAGGUAGGAAUAAAUGACAGUUCCGUGAAUAUCAGAAUUUUCUAGUGGUGGUUCUAGUAUCAUUUUUUUGUGUGCUUCAUUUCUAAGUAAAAUCUUUUUUUAAUGAAGGUAUGGGAUCAAGAAAUCACCUGUAGGUUGAAAAAACUGCAGUGUUAAUUCUUUUUUUAAUUUAGUUUUAAACUCAUUUUCCCGCUUUGAUGCAAUACUGAAAACUGGCUAAAAAUACCAAAUCAAUAUGUUGCUAAUGGUACUUUAAAGAGUAUGCAAAACUGGAAGGCCAGGAGGAGCCAAAUAAUGUGUCUGCCCAACGUUUUCUCCCAGGAUUUGGUGCUUUAGGUUUUCAUAAGUUCUGAAAAGGAAGACACACAUUUCUUCAUUCUCCACGGUGUGCAUGGAAACGUGAGUGUGGAUGCGAAAGAAAUCCAGUAACAAAGGAUUAGCUGGCCCAUGAAAUAGUGCAAUGUCUGAUGCUUCAAGAGGUAUAAUCCUAUUUUAUUAGCACAAACUUGCUAGCUGAUUAGAGAUAGAGUUUAUCUUUUUAGAAAGGAUACCUUAUAGGUUCAUAAAAAAGAAUAUUUACAGGAAGCAAAAUAGAUCUAUUACUACUUUAACCCCCUUUCUUUAAUUUGUAUAAUUUUUGUACUAUAUAUCUAUGUGUAAAUGUUUAGAGCUUUCAUUAUGAAAAUAUCAAUAAAUAUGUCAUUAGUUUACAUUCAACUCUUUGUUAUAAAAUGAAACUUUUUAAAAAUAAGUGAAACGGAUGAUUUCCCAGUAGAAGUGUGUCAACAGUCUUAAGAUCAUUCCCAAAUUUCAUAAAAUACUUAGUUCUUUGAAAAAGAAACCAAGUCUCUUCAUACUCUAGGGAAACUAAUACUCUGUAAUCUUUCUGUACCAAUGUUUACGUUUCACUGUUUCACUUUGAGUUUUUUUUUUUCUUUUGCUAUGUGACCCAUGUUGGGCAUUUUUAUAUAAUCAACAACAACUAAAUCUUUUGCCAAAUGCAUGCUUGCCCUUUGUUUUCUAAUGUAUGGUAAUGAAGAGCAAAACUGGUUCAAUUUUGCAUGAAAUGAUUCUGAAAGAUAAAAAGAAAACAGACUUUGGGGGUUGUUUGUUUAAUUUUAAAUUUGUGACAGAGAUAGGUAGGUUAAAAUUCCUCAUAUGCUGAUAAUGCAAGGUUUCAUUUCCUCAUACAGCUGUACAAAUUUGACUGGGACCAUCAGUUUUAAACUGUUGUCAAGCUUAUUAAUGUAUCAUCUGCUUUAAGACACAAGAUUCUUCAUUAGACUUUAUAUAGAUAGAGACAUAUCUGUUGUUUCUUUGUAUUUCAGGAAAGGUGAUAGUAGUUUUAUUUGAUACUGAUAAAUAUUGAAUUGAUUUUUUUAGUUAUUUUUUAUCAUUUUUUCAAUGGAGUAGUAUAGGACUGUGCUUUGUCCUUUUUAUGAAUGAAAACAAAUUAUAAAGAAAUAAAUGUCUUACUGUUACCCAAGAAAUAACAACUGUCCUUUCAAUUUACCUAAAGUUGAAAAUUCAUUUUCAAAGGUUUUCAUUAUAAGCUCAAUAGCACAGAAUAAAUAUUACUUGUUAAUCAACAAAUCGUGUGAAGGGUUCUACAAAACGUACACGCACACACUUAAGGACCCAUGCGCACGAGCUUGCUUGCAUUCCUACAUUGAAAUAAGGUCAUGGGGUCAAUAACUUCAAUUUAUGGAAAUGUCAGGGAAUAUCAUUGGAUUUAAUGCUGGACACUAAAUAAAGCAAGCUGUUAGAUGCUAAAAAAAAAAAA